CUUUCUUUACUAGCUAUGUGACCAGUUCUAAAAAUUCAUGCUAUGUAGCUGUGCUACUUGAAAGUAUGGAAUAUCAUCAUAGUAAUGUUCUUACUGAACAAAUAUCUUACUCUACCUUUCUGUUUCAGCUGUAAAUGUAAUACAAGCGGAGCACCUUAUAAACAGUGGUUGUGGGUUGGGGAAAGACCCUUCCUUUCUCACUGAAAGAAUUUUUGGAGGGAAAGCCUCAAAGAAGGGGUCUUGGCCAUGGCAAGCUAGCUUGCAGGUGGAUAACCAUCAUAUCUGUGGUGCUUCUCUGAUAAGUGACCGGUGGCUGCUGACUGCAGCUCAUUGCUUUACCAACAAUAAAAAUCCAAGGCGAUGGACAGCUACUUUUGGAUCAACCCUCAGUCCUGCCCUGAUGAAGCGAAAUGUGCAGUCAAUCAUCACUCAUGAAAAUUAUGCCUCCUACAAAUAUGAAGAUGACAUUGCUGUUGUACUUCUGUCCACUCCAGUUACUUUUUCAUAUGAUAUUCACAGUGUUUGUCUUCCAGAAGCCACUUUUGAAGCUAUGCCCCAGGAAACUGUGGUGAUCACUGGAUGGGGAGCAACUAAAGCAAGUGGUUCAUUUCCAAAUAACCUGCAGGAAGCUCAAAUAGAAAUUAUAAACAACGACGUCUGUAAUAGAAUUAAUGUUUAUGGUGGAGCUGUCUCAUCAGGAAUGAUAUGUGCGGGAUUUUUGUUAGGACAAAUUGAUGCUUGUGAGGGUGAUUCUGGAGGACCAUUGGUUAUACCGCAGAAUGGGCUCUGGUACAUUAUUGGAGUAGUGAGCUGGGGAAUAGACUGUGGAAAAGAAAACAAGCCUGGAAUCUAUACCAAAGUGGCCCAUUAUCGAAACUGGAUUAAAUCAAAAACUCUAACAUAAUAUCUUUGUCAUUGUUACGAAAGAAAUGCACAAGUCAUUUGUAGGUCAAAAUUCUCAAAUUUAUGUUUAAUUUAUGCUUAAUUUAUGGUUAAUUGCAUUCAUGUGUUUUUAGUCUCAGUAUGAGGAACAAAAAGUUCCUCCUUCUUUUUAACAAUUCACCUCACAAUUCAACAAAUUUUUUUAUUAUAUGCCUGUUACUAUCUGAGUCAAGCACUGUGAUUUCUUCUCAAAUAUAUACAACACAAGACACAUAGAAAUGUUGUUACCUUAAAUAGUUUGUAUUUCCAGGGGAGUAGAAGAUAUUCAAUCUUUAUACCAAUAAGAUCUACCAAUGCUCUGGGUAUGUUUGUUCAUUCCUAAUUUUUUCUCUUGCUCAAACAUAACAUCAAAGAAAGAACAAAAGAGUAGGAGGUGGGAGUUCUAAGUUCCAGUUACAACUGUGCCAUUAAUUAGAUGCAUAAUCCUGGGCAAGAGACUCCACAUUUUGGGCCUUGGUUUCCUCGUAUUCAAGUGAGAAGACUGAACUGAAUGAAAGAUCUAAGUCUCCUUAAGCAUGAUCUGAUUUACCCUGGAUGCCAUUCUUUAAACCCAGAGGGCUUUAAACUAUUUUUGUGUCAUGGACUCCUUUGACAGUUCGAUAAAAGCACUGACUCCUUAGAACAUUAAAAAAAAAAACACCUUACAAUGAAAAGAAAUGCACAUUUUUCAGUUAAAAGUUAGUGAAAAUAAAGAUGGAAUUUUUCAUUAACUUCCUAAAAUCUGUCUAUAAGCCCCUUGUCUUUACAUUAUAGACUCUUGCUUUACAUAAACCAAAGCAUGUCUGAUGGCUCAAGCAGGUGAGUAAACGUCUACACUGAACAUUCUUUCACUUGGCUGAGUUCACUAGCCCUUCUUCCCCUCAGGACCUUACUCUCCUUUGUCCUCAACAUCAAAUAAUGCCUUUAAAGUACCUUCAUGUGUCCUGUUCUAAGCAAACCAAGAGAGACACCACUCUGAUGUUCCAGAACCUUCCUUUUUAAACAGCACCAAGAGAGAACGAGAAGCCUAAGGAAAGACCUACUUCCAGAGAGCAUUCCUUUAAUAACUCAAAACUGAACAUUGUUUACAUCCAUAUUUAUAUCUAAUGACUUCAGAGUGCUAACUCAUUAGCCAGUGGCACUGAUACUUUUAGCUCUUCAGCAAGGAAUGAAUGAACCUUUAGCCUGACAACGAUGACAGUAUUGAACUAAACUACUAAAAAUUCUGAAUGAGACUGUAAAACUAAGAGAAAGACUCUUAAACCUUGGACUACAAUAACAAGUCAAUGAAAAGGAAAUGAAAAGAUGAGACAAAGUCUUAAAGGGCCACCACAUAUUUUGGGUCCUAGAAAUGGUAGCGAGUUCCAUCCUUUUAUUAGGGACCUUUUUGAGAACAGAUUUUUUAAAUGUAUUAUAUUUUA